GGCAUGCAGGAGAAUUCCAGGAAUGUGGCGUCUCUGGAGAAAGUCAAGGACGAAGUUUCCUCAAAGCCUGAGGCUUGUAAAACUAGGCCAAAAUCUGGGAUGAGCCAAGAGGGACGUCCACAGAAGACCUCUUCAGAGUACAUAGAGGAUUUCUUUGGCCAUGCUACAGUUAAAUCCGAAGAGGAGCUUGGGUACUUUGAAGACCAAGGUGAGGGGUGUGUGAUUGACCACAGAAAUGGAAAUUGCCAUUGGGAAGCCUCCAAGCAAGGGAAGCUGCCAAUGUCUGAUGGAACAGCCAGAAGGAAUGUUUCCAAAAGUCCUGACGCUGCUAGAAGUCCACAUGGGCCAUGGGGGAAGGGGGUAAACAACUUGAAGAAGGGAGAGGGUGAAUCUACUUCUUGCCGGGAAAGUGGAAUUGCAGACCAGGAAGGAAUCUGCGAAAGUGGGAGACAGUUGGCAUUAACGCAGUGGGACGACAGCUCAGACCUCACUGCAAAUGGUGGCACCCAGACAGAGGAGAAAAUAUACCAGUGCUUAUAUUGCGGGAAGUCCUUCAAUGCUCACUUUAAACUCGUUAGACAUCACCGUAUCCACACAGGAGAGAAACCAUACAAAUGUUUGGAUUGUGGUAAGAGCUUCGACCAGAAGGGAAACCUGAUUGCCCACGGAAGAAUCCACACAGGAGAGAAACCAUACGCAUGCUCCGAUUGUGGGAAAAGGUUCAGUCAUAAAGGGAGCCUUGUUUUGCAUGUGAGAAUCCACACUGGAGAGAAGCCCUACAAGUGCCCUGAUUGUGGGAAAAGCUUCAGUCGGUCAGGGUCCCUUAAAGAACAUGAGAAAACCCACACGGGAGAGAGGCCGUAUACCUGUUUAGAUUGUGGGAGGAGCUUCCGGAAAAUCUCCGAGCUCACAACACAUCACAGAUUCCACACGGGAGAGAAACCAUAUAAAUGUUUGGGCUGUGAAAAAUCCUUUAGUACAAGCUCUAAUCUCAUUGCUCAUCAGAGAACCCACACAGGAGAGAAACCAUAUAAGUGUUCCGAGUGCGGGAAGAGAUUCAGCCAGGCUGGAAACCUGAAGGAACACGAGAGAACGCACACUGGCGAGAAACCCUAUAAAUGCCCGGAAUGUGGGAAAAGCUUCAGACAAAUCUCUUACUUCAUUAAACAUCAUCAAUUACAUCUUGCUGAUGAGGGAGUGCGCAUGGAAGAAAAACCGCACAAGUGUACCGAUUGCGGGAAAGGUUUCGGUGAGAAAGCAAGCCUCAUCAGACACCAGAGAAUCCACACGGGAGAGAAACCCUUCCAGUGCUCAGACUGUGGGAAAAGCUUCUGUUUGAAGUCCAACCUUGUUGUACAUGUGAGAAUCCAUACAGGGGAGAAACCAUACAAAUGCUUGGAGUGUGGGAAAAGCUUCAACCAGACAUCGAGUCUUCAUAACCAUGAGAGGACUCACAAAGGGGAGGAGCCUUAUAAAUGCUUAGUAUGUGGGAAAAGCUUCAACCGGCCAUCGCAGCUUAAAGCCCAUGAGAGAAUCCACACCGGAGAGAAGCCAUACAAGUGCUCAGAGUGUGGGAAGGGCUUUAUUUACAACCAUCACCUUGUCAGACAUCGGAGAAAUCAUACUGGAGAGAAGCCAUUUCAAUGCUCCGAGUGUGGGAAAGGAUUUGGUCUGAAAUCGACUCUUAUUAAGCACCAAGACAUUCACAUAAGAGAGAAACCAUAGCAGAGCUUCCACUAGAUCUAGUUAAACACAUGAGAAACUAUGCCAGUGUCAGGACGUGAACUCACAGCAAGUCCUGACUGUGGGUCAUGGGACGUCAAGAGGGGGAUUCAGCCUGUGUUGCCAUUAUGUGCAGAGAUGAAAAUGCGGGGGGACCAGUCAGACCAGCUCAAACAUCUCUUAACCACAAUAGGCUAGAGAGGGUCAGGUGAUAUAAUUUGAUCUAUAAAUACAGUUUCCAGGUCAAAUAUUCCCAGA